AAGGCGGCCCUGAGAGGCGUGGGCGCCCCCCAGACAUUUCCAGCUCGGACCUGGGCUCCGCUCGCUCACCGGCGCGCUCUCUCGGCUCCCGGCGGGGGCCGCGGGUUCGGUCCGGCCGUCGGUGCGCUCCCGACUGUCCUCCCGCCCGGGACUCCGGGUCCCCGCGGGCGGCCGCGCAAGAUGAAGCUGGCUCUGCUUCUGCCCUGGGCGUGCUGCUGCCUCUGCGGGUCGGCGCUGGCCACCGGCUUCCUCUACCCCUUCCCGGCCGCAGCCCUGCAGCAGCACGGCUAUCCUGAGCAGGGCUCCGGCUCUCCCGGCAGCGGCUACGGGAGCCGCCGGCACUGGUGCCAUCACACGGUGACACGGACGGUGUCCUGCCAGGUGCAGAACGGCUCAGAGACAGUGGUCCAGCGCGUGUACCAGAGCUGCCGGUGGCCCGGGCCCUGCGCCAACCUCGUGAGUUACAGGACUCUGAUCAGACCCACGUACAGAGUGUCCUACCGCACAGUGACGGCGCUGGAGUGGAGGUGCUGCCCUGGCUUUACCGGGAGCAACUGUGACGAGGAAUGCAUGAACUGUACCCGGCUCAGUGACAUGAGUGACCGCCUGACCACGCUGGAAGCCAAGGUUCUCCUUCUGGAAGCAGCAGAGCGGCCCUCAGGCCCAGACAAUGACCUGCCAACCCCCCAGAGCACCCCACCGCCCUGGAAUGAGGAUUUCCUCCCUGACGCCCUCCCUCUCGCCCACCCCGGGCCCCAAAGGAGAAGGCCCACGGGCCCGGCCGGGCCCCCGGGACAGACGGGACCACCAGGGCCUGCAGGUCCCCCAGGCUCCAAAGGUGACCGGGGCCAGGCAGGAGAGAAGGGCCCAGCGGGUCCUCCUGGCCUCUUGGGGCCGCCAGGGCCCCGUGGGCUUCCUGGAGAGAUGGGGCGCCCCGGCCCCCCCGGCCCCCCCGGCCCAGCAGGCAGCCCAGGCCUCCCUCCAAACGGCCCCCAAGGCGUCCUCUACUCCCUGCAGCCGCCGACAGACAAGGACAAUGCAGACGCGCAGCUGGCCUCUGCCGCCGUGGACACGGUGCUGGCGGGCGUCCCAGGGCCCCGGGGCCCCCCCGGCCCUCCAGGUCCCCCUGGACCACACGGUCCCCCUGGACCCCCAGGUGCACCAGGAUCCCAGGGCCUGGCUGGAGAGCGGGGUGUGACAGGGCAGCCUGGCGAGCCUGGCGGCAAGGGGGAAGAGGAAGAGAAAGCUACCGCCGAGGGCGAGGGGGUGCAGCAGCUGCGGGAGGCGCUGAAGAUCCUGGCCGAGAGGGUCCUCAUCCUGGAGCACAUGAUUGGGGUCCACGAUCCCCUGGCCUCCCCUGACGGGGGCUCCGGCCAGGACGCCGCUCUGAGAGCCAACCUCAAGAUGAAGCGUGGUGGCCCCCCACCCGAUGGCUCCCUGGCUGCCCUGCUUGUCCCCGACCCUGGGCAGAGGAGCGCUGGCCGGGCCAGCAGCGGGAAGUAAGAGGCCAGCGCUCCAGGACAAGCCCCGACUCCGCCAGAGACCCAGCCCCGGGGCCUGUGCAGCCACUGGCACCUGAGGACACCCCGAGUGGGACCGGGCUCCAGGCCUGGACGAUCGUCAGGAACACUGGCUCCUGGGGGCUGGGGGCCUUGGGGACAGAUGGCAGCUCCAGGGGCGGGGGCCUGAGGCCAGAGCCCUGCCCUGGUCCCUUCCCUCCUCACCGGCACUCCCUGCUGGAGACGGAGUCUGGUGGGCCGGGUGGGCUGUGAGAAUAGUCGUAAUACUCAUCAUUUACUGGGUCCCUGCAUCGUUCGGGCCUGUCCGAGGAGCUUCCCUACAUUGUCUCAUUUAACCCUUAGGAGGUAGGCUUGUUAUCCCGACUUUACACGGGGGACAGAGGCUUGGAGAGGAUAACUCACCUGCCCAAGGCCCCCAGACCAUGGAUGGCUGGGGCAGGGUUUGAACCCAUGUUCUCUCUACCGUGCCAGCUUCCCCUCUUCACGGGGAAACUCAGGGCGGGUGUCGGGCCGGGCGGCUGCUGAGGCUCCAGCGGGGAAGGAGGGCAGGGCCCUGCCCAGCACAAGACAGCGGGGGCCCUGGGCCUCCUUCCUCGACUCCCGUGCCUGGGCUCGGGGUCUGCUCCACGGGUUGGGGAGCAGCUUGGCCUGUAGCUGCUCUUGGAGGCCAGGGAGACCUUGAAUAAACCCAAAACAGUCACGUGGACUUGGAGACCGUGAGAGAGGAGCGUUGGGGUGCAAGGACCCUCAAACUGAAUUGGCAUUGCCCACCGCCGCAUCCCAAUCUCCCUGACCCCGUUGAGCUGGGAGGAGGCAGGAUUUAAUGCAAAUGUGCACCCUCCAGGGGCCAUCCCUGCAGCCCCGCCCUCUCCCAGGCUCUCUGGGAAGCUGCAGGGUUGGCCACUUCUGCGUUACACAGCAAGUCCUGUGUCCCAAGGAGGAAGAGGGAUUGCUGCCUGAUUCCCAGGCCCUGCUGGAGAGAGAUGCUCCCACGCUCGGCGCUGUGGUCCCAGCCAGGCUCCGCAGCAGACACCCAGGUCCCCGGUGCCCCAGAGCAGCUCUCAAGGCACAGCGCUCGAGGCCUCUCCGGUAUCGGGUCCCCUGUGCCCUGGGCUGGCCCUCGUGCUCCUCUUGCUGUCUCAGCAACGGCCACAAACUCAGACAUUCACAGGUGCUGGCGCCACCCCAGGUGCAUCUCCCCUCGUGGCAGGAGCGACUCGUCCCCACCGCCCUUGUUGCACCGGGGAGGCUGUGGCCUGGUCCCUCCGGGCCCUGGUAACCUCUCCCUGCCCUUGAGGCCUCGACUGCCCCCCUUGAGGCAGGGCUGGCCGUGUGGGAGCCAAGAUGUGGCUUCCUGCAGGCCUGUCUUCACGGAGGGGCGGUCAGAGGCGGCGGGAAACCUGUAACCCUCUGACAAUAAAGGUGCUCUCCCCGCUGUGUUCUGGUGUCCUGUGGCGGCGGCUGCUGGGGAGGCUGGCUGUGCCGGGUCAGCUUCGGCCAGGCCCAGCCCCAGGGGUGUCCGACGGGAGCCCCUGGGAGCCAAAGUGACCACAAGGCCCUGAGGCAGGGAGGCCUGGCUCUGCCCCCCAGGAGCCCCAUGGGGGGUUGGGAGAGCGAGGGGAGCCCCUCAGAGGCUCCCCAUCCUCUACCCAGCAGCGCUGCAUCUGGGCUGGGCCUGGGCCCAGCUUUGCUAGACGGAGAGUGAAGUGGGGAGGGCUCAGGGCUCUGGGCAAAGGGACCCCUACCCACCGUGCUCCUGCCCCGGGCCUGGGGUCCUGGACAUUCUCAUCCACUUGGGGGCCCAGCAUCUCGGACCUUCCCCUGAGCCCUCAGCCGAGGUGGGAGACUGGCUGAAUGCCACCCAGGGCUUCCUGCAGGCCGUGUCCAGCCAGAGCUCACCCUUGCUGGGGCCACCCCACCGCACAUGAGGGGACCCAGGGGAGCUCUGCUCUGAUGGCAGCCCCCUUCCCGUUGCAAGACCCUGUGUUCCCAGCCGGAAGCUUCGGGCUUGGUGCCCCCUGCCCCUGGCCCGAUGAGACGUCAGUUUGUUAAUAAAGGAAUGCCUUCCCGCAGAUGGGGACACCCACCCCAUUACCCAACAAGAACACCUAGUGAUGGCUGCUGAGAGCUGCUGCCGAGCCCGGCCGCGGCGACCCACCGGUGCUGCAGGAGGCCGUCCCCGGAAGGCCCACAUCUAGUGACAGUGGAGCCCUCUCUGCCCAGAGCACCCCCUCUUUGUGGGGUGAAGCCUCAUUCACGGAGCGGUGCACCUCCUGGGGCUACGCGAGGACCGAUGCCAUCUGACAAGCUAAGCCCCCCCACCCCUUAGUGAAGCAGGACACGAGGCAUCUCGUUCUCGCUGAGCCAGUGGCAGACGGGGGGCCCUAAGAGAGAUUGUCCUGCCUUACCCAGGACCCCAAAUCUGCUGCCCCAGCGGCCCCCAGCCCAUGGCCUGAAUGUCUCAAGGGCAGACCCCACAGGCAUCAGUGUCCUUAGAUCAGGGGCUGCUGCUUGGAGGUGGGGAGGUGUAGACUGAGCACAGGCGGGCAGGGUGCGUGUCCACGUGCACACACAAAGCCCCUCAGUGCAAACAGAAGCAAGUGGGCGGCGUGGGAUGGUUCAAAGGGCAAGGGCCUGGCUCUGCCCUGGCCAUCACGGGCCAGUGCAGAACUCUGCAAGGUCACAACCUGAAAUCAACCUGGCCUUCCUGGUCCUUCGAAAGGAUAUUUGUCACUGUAGGAGUGUAGAGCAUCUUUUCUUUAACAGUUGAUUAGCUGAACAUAUAAGUUUUAAAUAUUUAGAGGUACGAUGCCUCCCUUUGUACCCUGGCCCUGGACCCUGCACUUUCCGGGGCAGGCCUGGGUUGGGGGCCGGCAGAGUCUGGAGUGACCCUUCCCCCAGGACUGGAUGUCCAGGUGCUCCCAGGCCCAUCUCAGAGCCACUGGGAGCAGAAGGUGUUCAGGAGGGAGCCAAUGUCCAAGGGGGGCUCGUGCCAGCAGGGCGGACAGGCCAAGCCUCCAGGGCACCAGGAUUCGUGGACCUGGAGAAGUCAGGGGAGCUGUGCCCUGCACAGCCUCCCAGCGAGUGGUUCUAGAAGGAAGAGGAGUUCACAUCCACCAAG